GCCAGAUAGAAGUGAAGUCCCAGGAGAGAGAGAGAGAGAGAGAGAGAGAGAGCGCCCAUUCCCCGCCUACGCCACACUGCGACACGACAGAUAGAAGUGAAACCCAAGAGAGAGAGAGAGAGAGAGAGAGGGAGACCUGUGCCGACAGUCUGCAAUACGCUCCCCUUGUGUUACGCUACGACGCUAGUCGCCCGCCCUUCCGCUGCCACUACAUGACUGCGCCCCGGGGCAUGCUGUGGGGAUUGUGUGCUCUGGCAAUCUAAGACAUAGUUGCCGUAUCAGUGGAACACCAGCGUGGCCUGUAUCUUAUCGGCGGCACCACAGCGGGUCGGCGGGGCAUUGUUGGGAUGGUAGUCACGACUCUCAAGCACUACUCCGCAUCGCUUCCAGACCAUUCUUGACCUUCUCCUUAGGUCAUGUUAAAGAGAGUGAAGCUACGGAGGGGGUGAGUGAGCCAUGAGCAGCAUCAGCAGCAGCAGCAGCAGCAGCCGCAGCAGCGGUGGCGGCAGCAGCAGCAGCAGCAGCACAGCGGGUACUGCAAAUAACAAAAACAAGGCACUUAUCCCUUGGGAGCCGAAACCAGCGUUCUUUCCGCUCCAUCACGACACAGCCACGGUUCACAGGUGUGUCAAAGUGGGAUCUGAGAGAGCCAUUCGUGAAGUGGUCAGAGAACUCUAUUCUGAUGAGCGAAUGGCAACAUCUUCCGGAACAAUGACGGUGGCUGAGCUAUGCAAGCGAAACAAUGUCCAGCCGACUCUAGGAUCAGUGCACCAUCCUCUAUUACAUUGCAAUAUCAUGGAAAGUGAGUUCGAUGUAUGUUUUGGUUACGAACUUCUAACAAAAGUGUGCGUGGAUUUGUAUGGAACAUUGAGUGAGAAAUGCCGAGCGGGCAUCAGGAAGUUGUGUGAGCUAGUGACGGAGGUGGUGCUGGGCCACGCCGAUGGCUGGGUGGACGCAGGUCCGCUGCUCCGCUCCUACCGCCUGGCUCUUGAUGCCGUGUUCAAAGGCAUCAGUCAGACUUUUCAUGAAGAAUUUUACGACAAGCUACAUGUGAUGGAACAAGAAAUUGAUAACAUUGUAGGUAGUGAAGACAGUACCAAGGAGACGUGUACAUUGAAUGAGGAUGAAAUUGAGAAGUACAGGAUUCUUAGGAUGUCGGUGAAAGGUUACCAGGAAUUAGAGGUGUACUACAAAACCCUGUGGAACCUUAAUCCAUUUGAAUGGGAAGAAAAGAUGACUCAUGAUAGGCUUGAGAGAUCUGACUUUUCUUAUUUUCAUCUCGAAAAGAUCUUUACUGAGCCGGAUAUGAGAAAUGGUGAAGAAAUUGUUCUUCUGAAGAACUUGUUAGCGCAGACAGACGUGAAGAAAAAGGAACAGGGAUUACCUACCGUUUUGCUCAUUCACGGACUGGCAGGCAGCGGCAAGACUGCUCUGUGCCGGUAUCUGAUAUAUCAGUGGCUCAAAGGAGUGACAGAGGCCUGUCUUCGCACAACUGCUCUAGUCUUACUCAUAGAUGUUCCACGAGUGCGGUCGAGCCGCCUGAAAGAGUUCCUGUUGGAUCAGCUGCUGCCAGUGACUUGUGCUGGCCUGGAUGCAGAUCACAUUAUAUCAACCCUGAAAGAGCUUAAUGUCAUGUUCCUUAUUGAUGGAUAUGACGAGACUAAUAGGGUGUCCUCCGAUCUCGUGGAUGAGAUUUUCGCCAAGUUUAGUGACAAGAGAAUCAUUGUAACCACUCGGCCAGAGCUGCAUAAGGACGUGGUAUGCCUCGCACGGCGGCACAAUAGAGAACUCGUUUCUGUUCAGGUGCGUGGCUUCGAUGACAAGAGACGUGAAGAAUUUUUUGUAAAAAUAUUUAGUUCCUUGAAAAUAGACGAAGUAAUUUGCAAACAAUACUGCAGCGAGUUUCUGAAGUACAGCCGUGGACAAAGUGAAGUUUUGCAGCAGUACCUUAACUUGCCGCUCACGUGUGCCCUUGUGGUGUUUCUAUGGACCCAUGGCCUGGACACACUGACGGCAACUACAGGCCUCUAUCAAGAAAUAUAUGGUCUUCUCCAGGUUAAGCUGGCAGAACGUUUGAGCAGAGACUUUAUUGGUGCUUGUGAUUUGCCAGCCAUUCUGGAUAAACUACUGCUCUUCCUGGGUGAACAAGCGUGGACCAUGUUGCGGGAGGGAAGCGCGGUGGCUUCAGAUGAGGUUUGUGAAAGGUUGGAAGCAGAGUGUAAAGGAAAAGGGAUAAAAGUAGUAGAGCUUCUCUCUGGAUUUCACUUGUGUCACUUGGACGACAAUCCCGACGUGUGGAAGCUGCGGGUAGCUUUCCAGCACCCGACCCAUGCCAGGUAUUUGGCGGCCACUUACCUCGCAGACUGCAUACACAAAAACAGGAUAACAGUGUCAGACAUCGGUGGGCAGACAGACUCUUGUCCUAAGCUUGAGGAGCUCCUAACAUUUGUAACUGGUCAUCUGGCUGCAAUGAACAUCCUAACUGUGGCAGCAGUGAGUGACAUAUUUAACAUUAUGAAGAAAGUUCAUGUCGAUUCAGUGAACUUCAAUUUUUGGUGGAAUAUUUUUUCCGAGAGUCAAAAUCAUCCACAAGUUGGCUCCAUUCUUGCAGAGGAGAAACUUCCACACAAAGUGUGGGAACUGAACCAGAACAACGUCACUUCAGCGCUGAAGCUACUCACCUUCACGCCUGUCAGGAUAAGAGGCAUUACCAUUGACAUAUCGAGCCUGGUGGAGCCACAUGAAGUGUCAGGGUUCCUCCAUGCUCUAGAGGGCGUUGGUCAGCACAUCAGGAAAAGACAAAGAAAACUAAUUAAAGUUGAACUCUAUCUUUGGCGCCAUGAAUCCUUUAGUCACGACACUACUUCUGGUGCAUUUCUGACAGCACUGCACCCCUGGGCCAACUUGACCACCUUUGUGGGUGGCCUUGGGAAACAGGCGGAAGAGGAAGACUUCAUGGUUGGGUUUACAAAUCUUAGAACAAUUCGUGUAAAAAUAUCGACUUCUGGAGCGUUCAGAUCUCUUAGUAACACCUUGAAGAAGAUCCACAAGACAGUGAAGAGCCUUGUCGUGACCCUGGCCUUGCCUCCCGACUGCCUACCCGAAGAGCUGUCGGAGUUGAAGCACAACGGAACCCUGGAAAUACACUUGGCGAGAAUGACGGAUGCCAGGCGGGAGUGGCUGGUCAGUGUAGUAAGAACAGUGGGUGGCAGGGCUGGGUGCUGGCGGCUGCGUCUGGCUGAGUGCCACAUGACCUACGAGGCACUGGAGUGGUUGGUGAGGGAGCUGCAGGGACACGUGCGCAACAAAGUGGACAUUGAAUCUGUGAGAUGAGCAGUGAUGCUGCCUGGGUUCGUGAGAAGACCCAGUCUAGGAUGGAGGCGUUAGCGUGACAGCCGAGGGCGCUAUACGUUAGUCUUCGUCAUCGGUCCGUAAAGACUGCUGCUGGUAUCCCAAGGAAAUAGCAAAAGAGAAUGUGUUGCUUUGGCGAGACGAGGCAAGAAGCUUGAUUAGAGGUAACGUCACAUCAAACUUUCUGGUGUAUCCUUUGUGAAUAUUGUAUUUGAAAUCUUCUG